AUGGCACACAUCACGGGAUCUCGCAUGACCCGCAGUCGGAGCCGGGAACUAAAUUCUGGGUUUAUGCCAAACAAAGGACUAUUGGAGCGAAAUUGGCUGAGCGGGCUGGCUGAGGAGCCCUCAACUCCUUCUCCCGGGUUUAUUGUACCCAGAGAUGUGAUACCAGAGUCGCCCGAAAACCAUGAAGGUCAUACCAAUGUCUCUGGUACCACCCUAGGUCACAAUGAUGUGGAACCUGUCGAUUCUCAAGUCGCCGAUAAGACCGCGACUCACUUGCCGUUCGUUCAACAACAGGCGACUCUUGUCAUGACUCUCGUGGUUCGCCCUGAUUUGAACCCGGACAGCCUUGCAGCCGAGUCCAAAAAGCUUGUGGAUCCUAACCACCCAAACCAUAAACGCUUGAGGCGAUCAGUGGAAGGGCUGGCCGAUGAACUGGAGGACUCUCCUCUUUCUCGUGAUGGCAAAUCAUUCUUGGACAUAUCUCAGGCUCGUCGCUUGCUUUCUUCCGCACAAUUUGAUGCGUCAAUCGCAGAUAUACACAUGACAAACUGCACGCUGUUGACCCUCAACAUGUUACUCCCCAGCAUGGGUAUCGAGUCCCAGUCGGAGGUCAUUCAACAGCUUGAUGCCCAGUUUCCCGCAUGUGUCAUGAGCAACCUUGCGGAAAGUUCUAUGUCGAGGCAAAUAGGGGCGAGUAAUUCCACAGAGACAACCUUCAAUCUUGCAUUGGGUAUCCGUACACAGUUUUUCAUCAUGGAGUUAGAAAGACGACAACAUGAGCAAGACUUCAACCCAGUCUCCAUCUUGAGACAAGUCUUUGCCAUGGACCUUGUGUCUAGCGAAGAUGACUCCCAGAAUAUACCCAGCUCCUUCCGAGGGUUCAAUUUGCCGGGUGUGUUACAGGAUGAGGAUGGCCAUCUCCCCGAACACCUCCCUGAGAAAUUUCUCCUCGCCGUUAGCGAUAGGUUCAAUGAGCUUCAUGAGGAACUUUCUGAGUGGGAUUCCGUUGAUAUUGAUGGUCUGAAAAAGGCAUACAGAUGGCGUUCGUUUGAACGGGACCUUGCGCGUUGGAUCUAUGCUCGUGAUAGGGAAAUCAAGGAUGAUAUCAGACGCUUGUCAGAAAAGGCGCACAACUCACCCGCAAUCCGCCGUCUUACUUCUGUCCCGACUGGAACUCCCAGUCGGCGCCAAGUGUCAACAGUGACUCCAAGUGCUGAAAUCUCUCGUCGGGGACCCUUGCCCCAACAGACUCAGUCCCCCCAGAAAGAACGAUUGAUGGCAAUGGCACCUCAGGUGGACAAAAUACCUGAAAAUACCGCUUCUCCUUCCGGCACCACCCCUCAAAAGCUCCCUGAACAAAGUGCCCCCGGCCAAGUCGCACAGCCGACAGCAAAGGAUCCGAGUCGGCGCAAGUCCAAAGGCAACUUCCGAGACCCGGCCUCAUUCGCGGCACUCAUGAGGCGACAGGCUACUAGCCAUCAACAAUCUCUCUCAAACCUUGAAUCGCAGGCGCGAAAUAUUUCCACGAACACAAGCAUUGUGGCCCAAGGGAUUAAUCCUGGCUCUUCUAUUGGUCUCCGAGCCGAGCCUCCCGAAAUUCAAGAAUCCCCUGAGCGGAGAUAUACAGACAUCGGUGACGACUCUACAUAUGUGAACAAUGAUGAGGAAUUGGACCUCGGUCGGGGCCCAGAAACGGAUGUUAUGACAUCGACUAGCCCCCCUACCUCCUCUAGAAUCAGUCGAGUCAGCCACAAUCCCCAUCCUUCUCGUUUCUUCGAUUCGCCUAAAGAUGAAAACACACAAAGAUCAAUUCCAGUCGCUCGGCGCUUCCUCGACAAGCAGAAAAAUGCUGGAGUUGUGUCGCCGAUCAGCCAGUACGAUGGUCCAAGUGCAGGGACUGUGUUGGGAAAGCGAAAUCGCAAUGCUGAUAUCCUGGAUGAUGACUCAAGUGAUGGGUCAGACAUUGAAUUCGAGCAAAAUAAUCAAGAAGUGGAUCCCAGGCGCAGGAUUGAGAAGCCUCAACAAACCCGGCCUGCCGCCAAGCGACAGCGUCCCGAGGACACUGCGGGAUCUCCCUCGGAACGGUUGCAGGCGAGUAUCAAUACAUCAGUCCACAACUCCAACUCGACACAAGUCUCCCAAAGGGCCCAGACAGCUGAUAGUGACGAGGCCACUGAUGAAGAGACCACCGCUGAACAGCUCAAACCGCCUUCUAGUACCCAGAGUCGUUGGGAAGCCUCCAAUAUCCAGGCAGCGACAAUAAAUCGGCGGUCAACCCCCAGGACUAGCCAUAGGUGGACAGAGGAAGAAGAUCAACGUCUGAUCAGCCUCAUGGGAAUUUUUGGCACUGCCUUUGCCACCAUAAAGAAGCAAGACAACGCUUGCCCUGCAUCUGAGGGCGGCCCCUUGCUUGAGCGUCGUUCUCAGGUCAAUUGUAAAGAUCGUGCUCGAAAUUUGAAGAGAAAAUAUCUGAGAGAGGGCCGACCACUUCCACCGAACCUGGAGAAGGCAACAAAUUAA